AUGGCAAAAAACGAAAAUAAUAGUAAGUUGUCUGAAACUCUGGGUAAACAAUAUUCAGAUGAUAUUAUGAAUAAUGUUGAAGAAUCUUUAAAAGAAACUAUUAAAAUUGGUGAUUUACAAAAAAUUUUAAAAAAUAAUGAUAAAGAAUUUUUUUAUGAAGAUAAUGAAAAUGAAAAAAAGAAUGAUAAUGUUUUGAAUGAAUCAUCAUCUGAUAGUGCAGAAAUAGAGUAUGAGAAAAAUUGUUUAGAAAAAUUUUUUGAUUUUAUAUUUUGUCGUAGUAAUCAACAACCAUUAAAAUUUAAAGAAAAACCAGUACCUACUUUAAAACUUUUUAAAUUUGGUAGUUAUUCAGAUAUAGUAUUAGUUAUUAUUGGAUGUAUUUUAUCAUUUAUAUGUGGAAUAUUUCAACCUAUUUUUUCAAUUUUAACUGGAAAAUUAGCUAAUACACUAUUAAUAGAUGAUAUUCAUAGUGAAACUUUUAUCAAGGAAUGUAUAAAAUGCAUUAUAUUUUUUAUUAUCACUGGAAUAUUGUUAUCAACAAUGGCUUUUUUACAAUUUUUAGUUUUUAAUAUUGCAUGUGUUAAGAUUGUUCGUAAACUUAGAUGUGCUUUUCUUAAUUCAAUUAUUAAACAAGAUGCAGCAUGGUUUGAAAAAAAUCAUAGUGGUACAUUAAAUACCAAAUUAAAUGAUAAUAUUGAAAGAAUAUGUGAGGGUAUUGGAGAUAAAUUUGGAUUAUUAUUAAGAAAUUCAUGUCAAUUUAUUGCUGGAUUAUGUGUUGCUUUUUAUACAAGUUGGAGGAUGACAUUACCUUUAUGUAUUUUAUCACCAACUGUUGCAUUUUUUUUUGGAUUAACAGGAAAAUUAAUGAUGUAUUAUACAAAAGAAGAAAUGAAUAUUUAUUCUUCUGCUGGUAAAAUUGCAUUAGAAGCAAUUGGUAAUGUAACAACAGUUGCAUCUUUAAAUGGACAAAAAGAAGAAGUUAAAAAAUAUGAAAAAUUAUUAGAUGAGGGUAAAAAAAAAGGAAUAAAAAAAGGUCUUGUAAAUAGUAUAUUAUUUUCUACAGUAAAUCUUAUUAUUUUAACUUUUGUUGGUGCAAGUAUUUUUUAUGGAUCAUUUUUAUAUAAAUAUGGAUACAUUAAUACUCCAGGUGAAAUUUUUAUUGUUAUUUUAUGUUUACUAUCAGGAGCAUAUCAUUUAGGAUUGGCAUCACCUCAUAUGAUGGUUAUAUUAACAGCACGUGUUGCUGCAGCAACAAUUUAUAAAACAAUUGAUAGAAAACCAGAUAUUGAUAGUAGUAGCAGUGUAGGAAAAACACUUUAUGAUGUUAAAGGAAAAAUUGAAUUUAAAAAUGUUACUUUUUCUUAUCCAACAUCAGAAAAUAUUAAAACAUUAAAAAAUCUUUCAAUAAAAAUAAAUCCUGGUGAAACAGUUGCAUUAGUAGGACAUUCUGGAUCAGGUAAAAGUACAAUAGCAUCAAUAUUAACAAGAUUAUAUGAUUAUAAUGAUGGUAUUGUAACAAUAGAUGAUGUUGAUAUAAAACAACUUAAUAUUAAAUGGCUUAGAACAUGUAUUGGUAUUGUACAACAAAUUCCUGUAAUUUUAAAUAGAACAAUUAAAGAAAAUUUAAAAAUUGGUAAUUCAACAUUAACACAUGAUCAAAUGGUUGAAGCAUGUAAAAUUGCAAAUGCACAUGAAUUUAUUAUGAAAUUAGCUAAUGGAUACGAUACUUAUAUAGGUGAUGGUGGUGUACAAUUAUCAGGUGGACAAUGUCAACGUAUAUGUAUAGCUAGAGCAAUAGCAAGAAAUCCAAAAAUUUUAAUUCUUGAUGAAGCAACAAGUGCAUUAGAUAGUAAAAGUGAAUCAAUAGUUCAGGAUGCACUAAAUAAAGCAUCAAAAGGACGCUCAACGUUAAUUAUUGCUCAUAGAUUAGCUACAAUAAGAAAAGCUGAUAGAAUUUAUGUUUUAGAUAAGGGUGAAGUAUUAGAAACCGGUACACAUAAUGAAUUGUUAGAAUUAAAUGGUACCUAUACAAAUUAUGUUAAUUCUCAAUUAAUAGAAGAUUAUAAUGAUGAUAACGAUAUUGAUGAUGUAGAAAAUAAUGAAACAAUAAAUUUAAAUCAAAAUGAACCAAUAAAAAAGUCGUUAAAUCCAUUUAUUGAUAAUAAUGAAGAGUUAAAUAGUUUUUUAAAUAAAAAAACAAUUAAAAAUAGAAAAUCUAAAAGAAAAACAAUUGUUGAUAAAGGAGAUAAUAAUAAUAUUGAUGAAACAUUUAAAAAUAGUAUCCGUCAAAAAUAUAACCGUGAAUUUAAAAAAAUAAAUACUGAUAUUGAUGCAGAAGGGGAAAGAUUAGAAGAAGAAAUAAAAAGUAGAGGAACAAUUCAGGUUUCAUUAUUAGAUGUACUUAAAAUAGGAAGAAGUCAAUGGAUAACAUUUGGUAUAGCUACUGGUAUUUCAGCUCUUCUUUCUUCAACUUCACCAUUUGUUGGUUUAUUAUAUGGUUUAUCAUUUUCUAUUUAUGAAGAUGGAAAUAGAGAUCAUGUAACUGAUGCAACUUAUUUAUGUUUUGCCAAUAUAAUAUAUGCAAUAUAUGAAUCAUCACUAUCAUGUUUAGCGAGUUAUUUAUUUGCAAAAGUUGGAGAAAAUAUCACAAAAGAAAUGAGAAUUAAAAGUUUUACAAAUAUUUUAUAUCAAGAUAGUUCAUUUUUUGAUAAUCCAAGAAAUACACCAGGUAAAUUAAUAACAAGACUUGCAACAGAUGCUCCUAAUGUUAAAGCUGCUAUGGAUAGUAGAUUUUCUAAAGUUGUUCGUGGAAUUUUAUCAUUAAUUUCUUCAAUUGUAUUUGCAGUAUUAAUAGAUUGGAAACUUGGUAUUUGUGGAGCAUUUAUGUUUAGCAUUCAAGGUAUUUUACAAGUAUAUCUUGCUCGUUUAGUACAUAAACAUAAUCAUUUAAUGAUUGAAAAAGACGAAGCUGGAAAACUUGCUGUUGAAUCAUUAGAAAAAAUAAAAACAAUUCAGCUUUUAACAGCUGAAGAUAUUAUAUGUGAAAGUUAUAUAAAAUAUUCAAAAAUUCAACAAACUAUGGAAUUAAAAAAAGCUCCUCUUCUAGCUAUUAAUUAUGCUAGUACUCAUGGUAUGCAACAAUUAACUCAAGCAGUAUGUUAUUCUGUUGGUUUAAUAUUUGUUUUAUACAAUAUUUCACAAAAAAGUUCUAUUUUUCAAGUUAUACAAUUAUUAUAUUUUGGAAGUACUGGAAUUAUAUCAGCAAGUGAAUUAUUCCCUGAAAUUGUUAAAUCACGUCUUUCUGCAUCAUUAAUGAUGGAAUUAAUUAAUGCUGUACCAAAAACAGGAAAUCCUAAUGAAGGUAAAAAAAAUAUCAUUGAAGGUGAUAUUAAUAUAAAUGAUGUUUAUUUUGCUUAUCCACAAAGAAAAAAUUAUCUUGUUUUAAAAAAUUUUAAUUUAUCUAUUAAAAAAGGACAAUCAGUAGCAUUAGUUGGUUGUUCAGGAUCAGGAAAAAGUACUAUAAUUAGUUUGAUAGAACGUUUUUAUGAUCCUUGUACAGGUAUAAUAUCAAUUGAUAAAAAUGAUACAACAAAAUUAAAUUUAAUUCAUUUACGUAGUCAAAUGGGAUUAGUUGGUCAGAUGCCAAAAUUAUUUUCUGGUACAAUAAGAGAAAACAUUUUAUAUGGUCUUGAUCAUAAAGAUUACACGAUUGAUGAUGUUAAAAAUGCUGCUAUAAUGGCAAAUGCUUCUACAUUUAUUGAAAGCUUACCAAAUGGUUAUGAACAAGAAGUUGGUGAAAAAGGAUCUUGUCUUAGUGGAGGACAAGCUCAAAGAAUAGCAAUAGCAAGAGCAUUAAUAAGAAAUCCAAAAAUAUUAUUGUUAGAUGAAGCAACAAGUGCUUUAGAUUCAGCUUCAGAAAAGAGUGUACAAAUAGCAUUAGAAAAAGCUAGUGGAGGAAGGACAACAAUACAUGUUGCUCAUAGGAUAUCAUCCAUUCAAAAUUGUGAUCUUAUUAUAUGUAUGGAUAAUGGUGAGAUAAAAGAAAUGGGAAAUCAUAAACAAUUAAUUGCAAUGAAUGGAUUAUAUGCUGAGUUAAUUCAAAAACAAGAUUUGGGAAAAACUUAA